UUCAUUGACUCAAUUGCGGUUAUAUAGAUUCAGUGCGAUUCGCGGAGCGCCGCCGCGACUUCCUUUUCAUAAUCGUAGGCGAGGGCGAUCGGUCGAAUGCCAAAACACGACAGCAACGACAUAAACUGAAGCAUCCGAUUCUGCAUGAACGCCCCCAACGCACUCGACGCAUGCGACCUUUCGUUCCGCAUGCGCGCUUCCGCACCAACACAUUGCACCGUCCAACGCGCAGUUGGUCAAAAACGCCUUGGUCGGGUCAUUGCCAUGAAAUCCACACGCCGCCAUAAGCUCGGCCAGGGUACCGGCAUCUUCCAAGGCGCAGUUCACAUUUUGCCCAAGAUCAGGACGCAUUCCAUGAUUGGCAUCACCCACCAGAAUGACCCGCCCUCGAACAUACGACUCGAGCGCUUCGUAAAUGGAGACAGGAGCGAGGCUCGUGACUUGUCGUACUAACGCCACUAACGACGGAGGCAUGCCCCAGGACGCGACGGGGUCCGCCAGUCUAGCGGCUUCGGCGGCGAGAUUCGAAUACGGACGGUAGUCGUCGGCUACUUGGAUCUCAGGCGGUUGACUGUGAGUUUCCAUAAUGGCAAAGCAAUAUUCACACGAUGCAGAGUUCAUCAACAGGGCAAAUCGCUUGGGUUGGGGGUCGUUGAAGAAGCUUAGCGUGGUUGAGAUGUUGGUGGUGGCCUGCCAUGCUUCCACGUCACCGGCACUCAUCUCCACCACCCCCAAGUACUCAAUGGCCCCGUGAACGACGCUUUUAAGUGCGAGCCAAACACAAGACGACGCACCGUCGAGUGCACCCCGUCGGCCCCCACCACCACUUCCGAGCCGUCUGCGAACGUCACUACAACCUCCAGGUCGGACUGGCAGACCCUGACGACUUCUUGCCAAAAGGUACUCGUGCAAACGGCUACGCAAGACAUGACACGAGCUCAAUGCUUCGGGGCUGGCGGCAUGCGGCGACGACAAGUCGAAGCUGGCAAUGCAUCGCCAGCCGCCCUUGAUAGUGUAGAACCCUGCCAAUGUUGAAACUCAAGUUCCCUAGGCGACGGACGUCGUCCAGAAGGCCCAUGCGGUGGAGUACAUGCAAGCCAUUCGACUGCAAAGUGAAACCACCAAGACGAGGAGUAGGAGAUGACAGGCCGGUGGUGCACACGGCGAUGCCACCGCCAAGUACAAGCACAUGAAGUGAAGCCCAUGAAGCGGUCAAUUGGAGAAUAUGAACAGAGUUAGACAAUCAUUCAAUUCGAAAUCGCUCUCCGCUGGUUA